CUCAAAGCCAUUUCCUCGUUUUGUUUAUCUUUCGUUUCAUCCCGUAGGCCUAAGUUAUAUCCAAUUUUUGUUUGGAGGAUUGCUCACUUUAAUCAGCUCUUUUCAUUUUUCCACACCUGCAUCGAAUCAAACAUCUCCCCAGAAACUUCAAGCCUGACACAAAUAUCAACAUUGAUCCGUAGAUGUGCAUUAAACAAGUAUAACAUCAUGAUAAUGCAUUAUCAGGUAUAAAGCGGCAAACAACUGCACUUUCCAAAACGACCAACUUUUCUCAGAAAUUCUGUUUGAGUGUCGAAGUUGGCUGGUCCUCACUUCCGCAGUAUAAAAGGUCAAAGUUCAGGUACAUUUUAAAUGCUUGGAACAAAUCAACACGUUGAUCAACGUAUUUAAAUAUCUUAGAAUAUUAUCGUGAAACCUCGUAUUAACAUAAUGAGGUCGAGUGUACAAAACAUUAUGACGUCAUCAAGUAUCAGUUUAAAAGAAUUUGUAUAAUUACUGAGUAAAGUAAAGUAGGCCUACAAGAAAUUUUAUCAAUUAAAAUUUUGAAACUGAAUGAGGUAUAGCACAUCCAUAUGUUAAAUAGAGCACAUAUUAGGCGACUCUAAUUGCAGCAGAAUAUCACAUGACCUCGACUCCUAUAGGGUAACUGGAAGUGCAGGUACAUGGAUUUAACUAGAUUCCUAAUAUGUCAAGAGUUGAAAUUAGGGUAGUAUACAAGGACUGCUGACGUCAUAACAUGAGAGGGCGACAUCUUAUAACGUACCAGUGGAAAAUGCUUGACAUUUGUGAUUAUACCAUACUUUCACGAUAUACGAAAGAGGAAAAAAACACUUGUUAGUCAUAAGUACUCUUUUUGUAUAAGGUUUUAAAAUAAUGACGUCAUGAUGUUACUGAAGGGAUUAUUCUAAGAUGAUCAGUUUCGUCUUUAUGACUUACAGUUAUUUCAUAUAGGCCUACAGUCGUGUUGCACAAACAGUGAGAUUAACUACCUUAAAUUAAGUGAUGUAAACAAACCAAACAUCGAUAUCAACCAGUCACAUCAUGUUUGGAACUAAAACGAGCACUUUGUUUUUUUCUGUCUUGCGUUUUACCCUGACUGCUGGCAUCGAUAAGCUUUCUUCAGACAACAGCAGACAACAGCGAACGGAUAGGCUAUUGGGUUGCCAAACGUACACGGUGAGCAUGAAAUCUAAGCCAUUGGUCACAGUUCAAUGGGAAUCUCUAUGAGGUUGAACUGUGCUGUAAAGUUUCCUUUCUUGUCAUGUUCUCGGCGUGUAAAUUUCUGUCCUGCUCGUGCACGAUUAAUAUUUUAAGCCUUUCAACUGUCAUCGCUAGGAAAUGCCGUGUUUUUACGGAUCAAUUUCCGCAAAAUGCUACAUGAGAGAGUUUAAGCGGAAUAAUUAUGCAGUUCAGAAUUUCAUUUCGUCUUCGUCAUGCGUAUGCUGUCAUACGACAGAACGCCGGGCGUAUAUAGUCAGGAUUGCAAGUUGUGCCAUACACCUAUUAGAGUGAGUUCAACCAGCUGGUCGACUGGGCUCUCCACAAUACCACUGAUUUCUGACCGAAAAAAAUCAAAGGGCUACACCAUGAAUUCCACAUUCGCUUGGAGUUUUGACGAGGAGAAUGUUACUGCAACCUCCACGACAAAUGCACUGACUGAGUCCCCUUCCUAUGGUUUGAUGGUGUUCUUAGCCUGCGUGUGGAUUGUCGUAGCGGUCCUUGGUGUCGUGGGCAACUCUACGGUGAUACUGUCGGUGAUUCUAAGCAAGCUUGUCCAGACUUCGACAAACGUCCUCGUGAUCAACCUCAGUGUGGCUGAUCUGUUGACAAGUUUGUCUUUGCCUUGGACAAGCGUGGCAAUGCUCAGCGACGGCACCUGGCCACUUUCUACUGAGGUCCCCUGUCAAAUAGCGGCGUUCCUGUUUCACACCGGCCUGGGUGCCAGCCUCUACAACCUGGCUUUGAUCGCGCUGAACCGUCUGGUCAGGCUAACUCGCCCGCUGGCUACCUACAACAGGAUCUUCUCUCCCCGCAAGAUGGCGUGCAUCGUGACAUUUUCUUGGCUGGUCCCCAUCUUCGUCAUUGUGUUCCCUCUCACCAUUGGAGUUGGUGGCUUGGGAUACGAUGUCAAACACGCCUCGUGCUCAGACGACGACAUGCAUCCCCGCGCUGAUGAAUACAACCUUGCUCAAACAAUUAGUUUCUUUCCAGUUCCCAUGGCAACAGUCCUCAUCAGCUACCUAGCCAUUCAUAUUUACAUCAGGCGGCAUUUCCGGGAACAGCUUUCAAGAAACAAAAGUAGGAACAGCGUCAAGUUGGAUCCCAGCACCGCUAGAGUGACAUCGACCUCUUCUGGUGAGGCAACUGCGGAGAGUAAAGAAGGCCGAGGUGGACAGCGCAAAAUCAGCCGCCAACAGCUCAGGAUCACCAAGAACCUCUUCGUGGUCUUCUGCGCAUUCAUGCUUUGCUUGUCGCCUUACUUCAUCGGCAUGUUCUUCCCCCUCAGCGACACGGUUACCCUGCACGCAAGUACUAUCGUCAUCUUCAACAGCUGUGUCAACCCGGUCAUCUACGGGGCCAAACACCCUCAGUUCAAGAGGGUACUCCGGCCGAUGCUGCGUUGUAGAUGGGAGAAAAUACCAAAGCCCUCCAAGGCACUGAAAGCGGUGUUAGCAAGACGCCAACAAGAGGACGAGGUGUGAGCAUACUCUGGUCACUGAAAGAGAACUCACAAACACAAUUGACUUUUAACUGUCUAAAGGCUCAUGCUGUGUGUGAUAAGCGCGUUUACUUCUGCUGUCUAAAAUUAUCUAAUGAGCCAUCGCUACCAACUCCAAUGUCUGACUUUAAUGAAUUACACAAAUAUAGCCGUUUACGGAAACGAAAUCAAGCGCAAACCCUAAUGUACAAACUUUUAUCUGCAAACAUGUUGUACAGGAUUGAUGAGAUCUCCUUGUAUGCAGCACUAUGUUCCCUUUCGGCUUGUGUAUUGUUACUUUAGAGCUGCAUGCUGGAGUGGAUGUUUUUGAUGCUAAAACACAUUUCUAUUUUAAAUCGCUCAUGAUUUUUUGCUCCCCGAGCGUGGUUUGUUGGGUUUACUAAACGUGGCAACCAAUGAACCCUUUUUUGUAAUUUCCAAUUUACCUGCAUGUGUACAUAACUAGCUGUCAAUUGCUAUUUGAUGUUCGUGAACUCAUCUCAUUGAAAGGGUGGUUUAUACUCGUCACAAAGGCGAACACAACACCAAGAUUUUGUUAGGUCAGAUCAUAAGCGCCAUUUUUUUCGAAAAUUGAACACUCAUCAGCUUUAGAUUUUCUGCAAAGGUUUCGUGCCAUCCAGUUCGCUUCGCUUGAACCGACCUGAAGCAGCCUGAAACAUGGGCCGUUUUCCAAUACUCAACUUCGGCUCCUUCUCGGGCUUCAACUGUUUUUUUACUAGCUGACUUUGAAGAUGUAAGCAUAGUAAUCAGUCCAAUAGUGCCACAGUACAUCAAAUAAGAUGCAAGAAAGCCAAAAAUUGCGGUAAUCCAAUGUAAUUAAACGUUUCAGGCCCAUAAUUGGGGAUUGGUUUUGGGAACGAAGCCUAGGACGGAGACGAAGUUGAAUAUUGGAAAACGGCCACGCACCGACGUUAAUUAAGCCUACGUCAGGUCUAAACCUUGACUCUACGGUCUUAUGCAUAGAACACGUGCCAAAAGCUGUAUAAUGCUCCGACCCUGGUCUUGUUACUUGACCUGAACGAACUACAUUUUGGGUACCUCAUGGGAUAUAAUAACACACAGUUCCAAGAAAUGGCUUUGCAAAAUUAAGGGUUAAAUACCAGAUGUUUUCCUUUUUCUGGCCUGAAAAUCGGAAUUUGGUUAUGAAUACCAGACACACGUGAUAAACGGGCCUCGAUUCAACCAACAUCCGGUGCGGUAACAAGCGCAGUAUAACAAUAAA